AACAUUUACUCGACAAACCUCGUGUUCUUUUUGUCUAUAUGAUCAGCUUUAAAACCGUUUUAUCAGGUUUUUAUUGGCGUUCAUCGUUUUGCAAGCUCCUAAAGCAAAGUACAAGACCUUUGACAAUGUCAUCCAUUGAAAUUGGGAAAAAAGCUGCAGCAACUGCUGCUGUAAAUGAUUGGUUAAAGGACAAUCAAAAAGUUGGUAUAGGAAGUGGAUCCACAAUAGUCUAUGCAGUUGAAAGAAUAGCUGAAAGAGUUAAGAAUGAAAAUCUUAAAAUAUCCUGCGUUCCAACAUCCUUUCAGGCAAAGCAACUAAUUACAGAACACGAAUUAACCUUAUCUGAUUUAGAAAGAACACCAGAGCUGGAUCUCGUGAUUGAUGGUGCUGAUGAAGUCGAUAAGGAUCUUGUAUUGAUUAAGGGAGGAGGAGGCUGUUUGGUCCAAGAGAAAAUUGUUGCUUCUUGUGCAAAGGAUUUUAUAGUUAUAGCUGAUGAGAGGAAAGAUGUUAAAAAGUUAGGAGACAAUUGGAAGAAAGGUAUUCCUGUUGAGGUAAUUCCAAUGGCUUAUUUACCGGUCAAAGGAAAAUUAGAGAGUCUGCUCGGAGGUGAAGCCAUUCUGAGAUUAGCCAAGAGCAAAGCUGGUCCAGUUGUCACAGACAAUGGAAAUUUUAUAUUAGACUGCCACUUUUCUGAUUGUAUGAAAGACGAUUGGUACAAGGUCAACUUACAGAUCUUAGCUACACCUGGCGUUGUCGACACUGGUUUGUUUGUAAAAAUGGCCAACAAGGUUUAUUUUGGUACAACAGAUGGAAAAGUAACAACUAGAUUGCCUAAUUCCAAUUAACUUAAAAGAAACUCUAAUACCUUAAAAGUACCAUAAUUUUAACAGGGUGCGGAUAUUUUGUGUUGAAAAUAGUGGAAAUAUUUAAUAAAAUUCUAAAUUUCUAUUUUUUUGACUAAUUUCUUUAAAGAAAACAAUAUUUGUAAUAUAUUUGGACUAUCUGGAAAAGUUUUUUGUAUGUGACAUUUGAGGAUUACUCUUAAAAGAACACCUCAUUAGCAGAGACAUUAAGAGGAUAACAGAUUGGUCGAUAACUGUUGCCAAUGGUGAUAAGACAAGAGCAAAGUAGAUGAGUGAGUACUAAGACAACCAUGGAAAAGAGUGACCGAUCAACUAGACUUGGUUGGUACGUUGAGGGUACUCUAGGGUCUAUGUUAUAAGCGCUUAUCUACAGCUUAUCGUAAAGUACCUCUUUCUUGCCAUCAAUUAAGGAAUUGUGCUAUCCAUUUGAACGCCAGACCGCUAUUCGAGCGUUUCUAAUAGCGUAAAAAUAAAUCUGCGAAUCACUUUGUCAACAAAAAGAGAGAUAAAAAGAGUGAAGCACGAUGGAGAGGAACUAGAUAGUUUUAAAGCAUUUGCUCUCAUUGAAAGAGCUUAGCAAAGAUAAGUAAGCGUCAUCGUAUGUGACAGAUAAUAUCACAUACUAUACAUUAAAAGCGUACAAACAUUCAUUCUUGUUUCGAAGAUAGCUCGUAUCUCAAAUGGCUUGGAUAAAUAGUCUCUGACGCUUACAAAAGUUUAAAGCGAAUGAACUGCCAGAAUUAUUAAAAUCACUUCUUUUCGAUAUAAUUAAUAAAUUGAAAGGAUCAAUUUAUUCGUAUUAAGGAUUAGCGUUUCUACUUAAC